CCGCGCGCCGGAAAAACACCCCCAGCCACGGCCUGCCGGGAGGAAACGCUCUGGUCCGGGAGGGCGGGGGUGGCGGCGCCGGAGGUAGCCAUGGCUACCGAGCCCGAAGCCGCGGAGCCGGUGGUGCCGUCGCUCGUGGAUCGUUACUUCACUCGCUGGUACAAAGCGGAUGUCAAAGGAAAACCCUGUGAGGACCACUGUAUACUACAGCACUCCAACCGAAUAUGUGUCAUCACAUUGGCAGGAUCUCAUCCAGUUCUUCAAAGUGGAAAAACAAUUAAAAGCAUUUCCUAUCAGAUCAGUACCAACUGUAGCAGACUUCAGAACAAGGUCUCUGGGAAAUUUAAGCGGGGGGCACAGUUUCUAACAGAACUUGCACCUCUCUGUAAGAUUUACUGCUCAGAUGGAGAAGAAUAUACCAUAUCUAGUUGUGUUAGAGGACGGCUGAUGGAAGUGAAUGAGAACAUUCUCCACAAGCCAUCUAUUCUUCAAGAAAAGCCAUCCACUGAAGGCUACAUUGCAGUUGUGUUACCCAAAUUUGAAGAAAGUAAAAGCAUAACAGAAGGGUUACUGACACAAAAACAGUACGAAGAAAUCGUAGUGAAAUGUAUUAAUGCCACUACAGCUACAUCAUGAGGAUUGAGAUGGAGUAAAAAGCAAAGCGGGAUUCUUAUCCUUACCUGGCCCAAACCAUCAGUGCACUAAAUGAGAAGUCCCAGUGUAUAUAGAGCAUACUUCACACCCAGCUACCCACAGGGGAGGCCUAAUCCUUCACUUAACCUGGUUUUCCCUCUUUGUCUUGCUUACUGAGCCUUGAUUCUCAUUUGUCUUCAGCCUCUCAGAUCUACCCUGUCCAUGUACAUACUCUGUGCUUUUCUUGCUUCUAACAACUGCCAAGCAUGGGAUGUUUUUCUGAUCAAAUGCAAACAAAGCUCUUUGAGGAAAAUUUAGGAAAUACAGAAAGGUUUCAAGUAGCCAAGUAAAAGUAAUUGAUCCAUCAUCUUAUGACGUGGAAGUAAAUACAGUUGACCCUUGAGCAACAGGGGUUUGAACUAAAUGGGUCCACCUAUAUGGGGAUUUUUUUUAAUCCAAUGCAGAUUAAAAAUAUAUAGUAUUCAUAGGAUGUGAAACCUACAUAAAGAACAGGCCAACUUUUCCUAUGCUCAGAUUCCACAGGGCUGACUACAGGACUUGAAUAAGCAUUGAUAUGGGUAUACACAGAAGGCCCUGGAACUGAUUUAUCCCGUGUAUGACUAUACUACAUUUUCAUAUACUUUUGUUUGUUGUGAUAUGGUAAUUGUUUUGCCUCAAUUUUUAUCAGUUGAAAGUUGAAAAAAACCUAACUGGCCUUUCUUUCCCAAUCUCUGUCAGUGUGACACUACCAAAAAGUCUAGUUCUGCCCCUUCUACCUUAACUUCUCUCCAUUUAGGUUGUAGGGAAGAGGCAAGAAUGUAAAGUGUACCCUCCCUCUUCAUGCCUAUGGAAUGGCCUUCCUAUCUGAAACAAAGUGGAACUGUAACACUUCACUUACUUCUUAAAUGAGGGACACAUGAAAAGGCUUUGAAAAAUACAAAGGCUUUCCUAGCAAAUGAAAGUAUUAUAAAUGCAAUGGUAAGCUGAUUGUUGCAGUACAUACAUUGUAGUCACUCAGUUUCAUACACUCUAGUUACAAGGUAACCAGCAAAGAAGUUGCUAAGAAUAUGUCAUUCAAAGGCACAGAUGCCUUUGAACAGAACAAAUGCUUUCACAUUUAAACUAAAAAAAAAAAAAAAAAAAAGCAACAACUAUGAAUCUAUGGUUUAAGAUUGCAUACCUAUUUACACUGAAUUUUAAAUAAAAGGAUUGUAAAACUUGUUUUUCAUUAAGGGCUAUAACACAUAAUACAUUUAAAUAUCCCUGUUUUUAAACAGAACACAUUUUUAUACAGAAGAAAUCAUUUGAUGUAUAAAUCCCUUUGGUUCUCUAGUCUGUGCUGUUAAAGUCAUAAGUUUGCACUUUCAUAAAAGAAUAUUCUCUUUUCAGGUAUAUAAGAGGGAGUUUAGUAAAUAAAAAUCAUUUUUGGUUCACAAGAAAAACACCUUGUAACCUGAGUGCCAACAUAACUAUCCUCUAAAUAGACCCACCAAACGGGACACAGGUAGUAAGUCUAUAAACACCUCCAGUGAUGGUGCUAUGAGCUGAAAAUAUUAAGCACAAACCCCUAGCCCCACUUCAAGUAGGAUAAUGAUUCUUGAAGACUUUAUAAAGAUAUGGAUAUUUUACAUAUAUUACCUCACACAUCAUUCUCCCAUCUCUAUUGUAAUUUUUUUUUUAAUAAUUCAUACCAUGCAGGGAUUGCCAUUUCUAUUGUAAUUUAAAAGAGUAUUUUGGUUUCAGAGAAUAAAAACCAUGCUUCAUCA